AUGUCAUUUGUUUCACAUUCGCCCACAUUUUCUAUUGACAAUGUCACGGGUGUCUUCUUAAAAGAUGGUAAACCGUUCCGGUACAUAUCGGGCAGUCUGCACUAUUUUCGCAUUCCGAGGAUAUAUUGGGAGGACAGACUUAUGAAAGCCAAAGCUGCUGGUUUAGAUGCAAUUCAGAUAUAUAUUCCAUGGAACUAUCAUGAACCAAGUCCUGGCAAAUUCGUAUUUGAUGGUGACAGAGAUGUUGUGGAAUUUAUCGAGUUGGCUCAAAAAAAUGAGUUAUUAGUACUUGCUCGCGUCGGCCCUUACAUUUGUUCAGAGUGGGACUUCGGUGGCAUUCCUGCGUGGCUUUUAUCCAAAGACCCCAAUGUUAAGCUGCGCUCAUCUUACGCAGGAUUUGUCUUACCAGCUAUUAGGUGGUUUAGUCAACUUCUCCCCAAAUUGCAACCUCUGCUUUAUCAGAAUGGCGGACCCAUUAUUAUGGUCCAGUUGGAAAAUGAAUACGGAUCUUACUAUGCAUGUGACCGAGAUUACUUGUCCGCGCUGUACGAUUUUUCCAGAUUCGUUCUUGGGAACGACAUCAUUCUCUACACAACCGAUGGAAAUUCAGUGGCCUUCUUGAAAUGCGGCUCUUCAGAUCGCCGCCUCUUCGCAACAGUCGACUUUGGCAUUGCCGGUGCACAGAAACCCGAGGUCGCCUUUAAGGACCUUGAGAAAUUUCAACCUCACCACCCACUAGUAAACAGUGAGUUUUAUUCGGGAUGGUUCGAUGACUGGGGCACGAAACGACACCUGGUUAACGCCACGGAAUUCGCUGAGGCUGCUGUCAGUCUCUGGAAUUACUCCGACAGAGUCAGCUUCAACAUCUACAUGUUCCACGGUGGCACGAACUUCGGCUACUGGAACGGCGCCAAUUCGGCGACCGACUUCAUCAUCACCAGCUACGACUACGACGCGCCCGUAUCCGAGUCUGGUGACAUCACCAACAAGUACCUCAUCCUGCGUGACGUAAUUCACCAAUUGAAGCACCUCGAUCCACCGCCUCUUCCUCCGAAUAUUUCAAAAGCUAGUUACGGCGACGUCGCAGUGCAGUUUCAUUCUCAUUUAUUGUACGAUCUGCCCGUUGGUGUCUCAAGCCUCCGCCCUCUCUACAUGGAGGCACUGAAACAGUACCAAGGUUUUAUGGCGUACACCGUUCACGUCGGGGGAAAGGAAGGACCUGGUAACGUGACCUUCGCGAGGGUCAAGGACAUCGGGCUAGUGUUCACAACCGACUUCUUUUUCGAGACAUUUGUCUUCCAUGGAUUUGUCUCUGGUGCCGGUAGCCUGAAUGUCACCUUCUCUGAGGACCUUCCAGUACUUGCGAUUGUUACGGAGUGCAGAGGCCAUUUGAACUUUGGUCGCGAGAUGAUUGGUGAUAUCAAGGGCAUCAAUGGUAGCGUUCUGUUGGAUGGGGAGGAAUUGCUCAACUGGGUGAUGAAGGACGUCGACUUCAGGAGUCUGAAUCCUAUUCGUUUCAAGCAGUCCAAUGGGGGUGGUAGCAUCGACUUCCCUGAGCCCGGCAGGGUUUACAAGGGCCACUUCCAAAUCCCCUCCACACCAUUGGACACCUUCGCGGUUAUGAAUGGCUUUACACGGGGCGUCCUAUCAGUGAACGGCUAUGUGGUUGGUCGAUUCUACCCCAGUGCGGGUCCUCAAGUAAGCCUCUACGUACCGGCCAGCAUGUUGCUAACCGGGGAGAACGUUGUUACCGUGUUGGAAUUCGACCAUCUCACUCCCAGUUGUCGCGAGAAUUCCACCCAAUGCUUCGUCACGUUUCGUGACUCAAUGGUUUGGCUCAAUUGA